AGAAAAGUAACCGGGGCUCUGCAGGCAGAGAGACGCAACGAGACAAACAGACAGAGUGAGACAGCAGGUGUCAUCGCUCGGCGUCUCGUCUUCAGCAAUCAGCGCUUUCACUGUUUGUCUCCGAUGGAGGAGAAGGAGUCAGGAGGAGGAGAAGGAGGAGAAGGAGGAUUUUACCGUUCAGCCAAACGACCCCGGACGGAGGAAGAAGAGGAGGCCGGUGCCAGGGAUCUGGAGGAAGGUGAAGAGAAGGAGGAAGAAACGGGCUCCGCCGAGGAGGAUGCAGCGGGGAGCGGAUGCAACGACAGCAGGAGCCGAAGGAGGAAGGACAGUCACCUCAUUCCCCCUUCGCCCGUCGUUCAUGUCCGAGGAUUGUGUGACGCUGUGGUGGAGGCCGACCUGGUGGAAGUGCUUGAAAAGUUUGGCACCAUCUGUUAUGUGAUGAUGAUGCCCUUCAAGCGUCAGGCUCUGGUGGAGUUCGACAGCUUGGAGAGCGCGGAGCGAUGCGUGAGGAGCGGAGGCAGCGAGCCUGUCUUCAUCGCCAACCAGCAGGCCUUCUUCAACUUCUCCACCAGCCAGAGAAUCACCCGACCCACCAACUCAGACGACCCGACCAGCAAAAACAAGGUUCUGUUGCUGUCCAUCCAGAACCCGCUGUACCCCAUCAGCACUGAUGUUUUGUACACUGUGUGUAACCCUGUUGGUAACGUCCAGCGCAUCGUCAUCUUCAAACGCAACGGCAUCCAGGCCAUGGUGGAAUUUCAGUCCGUGGAAGACGCUCAGAAAGCCAAAAUGGCUCUAAACGGCGCAGACAUUUACUCCGGCUGCUGCACGCUGAAGAUCGAGUAUGCUCGGCCCAACAGACUGAACGUCGUCCGCAAUGACACCUCCAGCUGGGAUUACACCAAACCCUUCCUCCUGCACCGAGAUCGGGCGAAGGGAAGGCAGCGUCAAGCCAUCCUGGGAGAGCAUCCAUCCAACGGCUACGGCCCUCACUGCCCCCUGCUGCCACUGCCUCCUAACAGCCGGUACAGGAGAAGCCAUGAGCCGGUGCCGGAGCUGGUUUCCUACAAGCAGCUCGUCCCAAAGACCUUCUCCUCCACCGUUCCCUCCGCCCUGCUGGCCUCCAGCGCUGUCGCCAUGGUGAGCGGCCUCCAUCCCAACAAGAUGAACUGCAGCCGCCUCUUCAACCUCUUCUGUCUCUACGGCAACGUGGAAAAGGUGAAGUUUAUGAAGAGCGUUCCUGGAACGGCGCUGGUGGAGAUGGCGGAUGAGUACGCAGUGGAUCGCGCUGUGACCCACCUCAACGGCACCAAGGUGUUCGGGAAGAAACUAAAUGUCUGUGUGUCCAGGCAGCAGGCAGUGAUUCCCAGUCAGGUGUUUGAACUGGCCGACGGCAGCAGCAGCUACCAGGACUUCAGUCUGACCAGGAACAAUCGCUUCAGCAGCACGCACAGCCACAGAAACAUCAUCCAGCCGCCCACCGCUGUGCUGCACUUCUACAACGCCCCACCCACCCUCAACCAGCAGCAGCUGCUAAAAUUCUGUUCUGAACACAACGCUCCUGCCUUCACCAAGUAUAAGGUCUUUGAUGCCAAACCCAGCUCUAAGACUCUCUCUGGUUUGCUGGAGUUUGACUGUAAAACUGCUGCGGUUGAAGCUUUGAUCGUGCUCAACCACCACCAGUUUAGAAUAGCUGGCAGCUCCAACCCCUUCACCAUUAAACUCUGCUUCUCAACUUCAACGCACCUGUGACCCAGAAUAUAGAUGGUUAUCACAAACACACCUGCAGGAGAGAUAUUUAACUUCUCAACCUGAGAAGGAUGAAGAGUUUAUUUUAUUUUUGAAGUGUUUUAUAUGAUGUCUGCAUGAUAAAAAAAAAAAAAA